CGCCGCUCCCUGGGGCCGAGCCCAGCCACUCGAUCAGCCCGCCGGCUCCGGAGCGGCUCUGCCUUCCCGAGCGCCGGACGCGGCGCCCUGGGGAAGGAGGGCGAAGCGACGCGGCGAUGGCUCUGCGGGCACUCCCGGGGUCCGCCGUCCUAGCCGCUGCUGUCUUCGUGGGAGGCGCCGUGAGUUCGCCGCUGGUGGCUCCGGACAAUGGGAGCAGCCGCACAUUGCACUCCAGAACAGAGACGACCCCGUCGCCCAGCAACGAUACUGGGAAUGGACACCCAGAAUAUAUUGCAUAUGCGCUUGUCCCUGUGUUCUUUAUCAUGGGUCUCUUCGGCGUCCUCAUUUGCCACCUGCUUAAGAAGAAAGGCUAUCGUUGUACAACAGAAGCAGAGCAAGAUAUCGAAGAAGAAAAGGUUGAAAAGAUAGAAUUGAACGACAGUAUGAAUGAAAACAGUGACACUGUUGGGCAAAUCGUCCACUACAUCAUGAAAAAUGAAGCGAAUGCUGAUGUCUUAAAGGCGAUGGUAGCGGAUAACAGCCUGUAUGAUCCUGAAAGCCCCGUGACCCCCAGCACACCAGGGAGCCCACCCGUGAGUCCUGGGCCUUUGUCACCAGGGGGGACCCCGGGAAAGCACGUCUGUGGCCAUCAUCUGCACACGGUGGGCGGUGUUGUCGAGAGGGACGUGUGUCAUCGGUGUAGGCACAAGCGGUGGCACUUUAUAAAGCCCACCAACAAGUCCAGGGAGAGCAGACCACGGCGCCAAGGCGAGGUCACGGUCCUCUCUGUUGGCAGGUUUAGAGUUACAAAAGUGGAGCACAAGUCAAACCAGAAGGAACGGAGAAGCCUGAUGUCUGUUAGUGGGGCUGAAACCGUCAAUGGGGAGGUGCCGGCAACACCUGUGAAGAGAGAACGCAGUGGCACAGAGUAGCAGAAGAGGAUAACAUGGAUAAUAAUAAGGAAUGACUUGACUUGAAGAACUCUAAGAGACUGAAAACUUACAAGAUAGAAAGUUGCCUCGGGAGUUUUUUAUAUAUUUUAUGCAAUUUCUGUCAUGGAGUCAGCAGGCAUGUGAAUAAAACCUAAAAGGGAAUGUUAUUGCUGUGCCGUAUACAAAAUUCAGUUUGCUUUGAAAGAGUCUUGAAAAAUUUAUUAUACUUCCGGGGAAGGAAAGAGCUGUUUUUAUCUUCUUAACCACUCCCCGCCUCUACCCUUCCCAGCCCCUAAUCCCAGGCCUUGGUGUACACACUGUAGUUUUUCCAUUAUGAUCAGUAUGUGCAGUGACACUAUUCACGUACAGUCUGAGCUUAUGCUCAGGGGUGUGUGUGUAUAUGUGUAUACAUGUGUGCACGUGAGCGUGUGUUUCUCUUUUUCCAUUUCCUACAUCCUAGAUCUUCAUACAUACAGGUUAGCUGUUACAAAAGAUAAAAGAUGAAUCUUCAGUGGUAAAAGCUCAGUGGAAAGAAUCUAGUCUAGCCCUGAGGAGUUGAUUCCCCAAGGGACCAUGGAGUCAGAUGGGACCAGAUGCUAGACUUUGGAUGCCUUGACUACAAAUUCAGCAUUAACUCCUGCCACUACCAUGUCACUCCUACAGCACUUACACAUUUUGAGAAGGUUUUUUUUUGAGACGGAAUCUCGCUCUGUCACCUAGGCUGGAGUGCAGUGGCAUAAUCUCGGCUCACUGCAAUCUCCACCUCCCCAAGUUCAAACGAUUCUCCUGCCUCAGCCUCCCGAAUAGCUGGGAUUACAGGCAUGCACCACCGAGCUUGGCUAAUUUUUGUAUUUUUAGCAGAGACGGGGUUUCACUAUAUUGGUCAGGCUGGGUCUUGAACUCCUGACCUCAGGUGAUCUACCCGCCUCGGCCUCCCAAGGUGCUAGGAUUAUAGGCAUGGGCCACUGCACCCGGUCUUUUUUUUUUUUUUCCCUAACCUUUAGCUGAGCGAUUAUUGGUCAAUCCACUGAGUAAAGGAGAAAAUGGUUUAAAGUCACACACACACACACACACACACACACACACACACAAAUUUGUUUGGACAACCCAAGGCCAAGCCAAAAGAACCCUGCUUCUCAUACAAGAUGGGCCUGCACCUACCUCUGGCAUGUUUUUCUUUGUGUAUUUCCUGUUUUUCCUCUUGUAACUAAUGCUCCUUAUUUAAAAUACUCCAGUUACUUUCCCUUUAGGCCUGACAGACUUUUCUUUUUCUUUUUCUUUUUUUUUUAACUGUACAUUUUACAAAACACCUGAAAGGACCCAGAGGCAUAAAUAGUAGUAUGUGAUUUAUGGUAGCUCUAGGGUGAGCUGUCAGGGAGAGUUAUAAGGUCUCCAAGACCCGCCUCCAUGUCAGUGUUGGGGGUGCCUUGGGCACUUCUUUUAUUUCACAUAGAAAAAGCACAUCUUUCAUUUGUGUCCCAAAAGAUGAUUUCCAUAAAAAUAUACUUCAAAGUAUUUACUGUACAUAGACUUAAGCGAUUCUAUUUCCAGCAUCAAACUAAACAUGUCUAACCUUUUAAGUAAAUGGGGAAUUCAGUUCCAUGAGAAUUUUUACUGACAACUAAUAAACACUGUGUGUGUAUACAUUCAUCUACACUGUGGGCCGGAGAAAGUCAGUAUGGAAAUAAAUUUCACUGAGAUCCAGAAAGUAGCAAUAUAGGACUUCUAGUGGUAUGUAUUAGUGUAAAUAAUAUAUGUGCAGCCUAGGCUAAUCGUUUUAAUUAAAAACAAACAAGCAUACUUUUUUGAGUUAAAAAAUAUGCCCUCAAAAUGGUGGGGGAUAAAAUGUAAGAUAUUCUUUAGCUUUAAUUAUUUUUCCAUCUUAUGCAAGUCAGAGCACUUUUUUUUUUUUUUUAAAUAGCAAUACAACAGGCAAGAGAAUACUCAAAAAUAUUUAAAAUUGUAUUUAUACCAAGAGUAUGUUUUAAAUAUUUUCUAAUACUUGAGCAAUUUUUGUCUGGCAGGCUUCCAAAUUUGCCAAAAGUUAAGUGUUCAAUAUUUUCAACACAUAUGCUUUUUACUGGUUUAUACUGAACUCUCUGAGAAUUCCUAAGUGUUCCCAAAGCUACUGAUGUUUACAGGUCUUGUGUUUCUUCUCCUUCUUUCUAAGGAUGAGGGAAUCCACAGCAGACUUUCUCUAGAAAACACUAAUGAUGGACAACUUUUUGGUGUCAUAAAUGAGUUGGCUACUACCUUGAUGUAAAAAUUUGUAAAGGAAAUUUUUCACCAUUUCGAGUGUCAAGUGUAUUUUUAACUGUCUGGUUUGUACUUUUAUGACUUUUGUACUACCAAAGCGGAGUUAAAAAUAAAAAUGUUAAACACA